CAAGCAUGGCAGUUGUUGAUGACACUCAAAGAUCUUGUUGAGCUGGUUAUGUCACCUACUCACACAGAUGAAAGCAUUGGUUUCCUCGAUAGCCUGAUUUCUGAGCACAGACAGAGAUUUAACAGUGUUCUUCCACAAGCGAACCUGAUCCCAAAACACCACUUUGUAGAGCACUAUCCCCAGCUCAUCAAAUCAUUUGGCCCACUAGUGUCUUUAUGGACAAUGAGGUUUGAAGGAAAGCACCGAUUCUUUAAGAAGAUUGUAAGACAGACUAGUUGCUUUCGGAACAUUUUAAAGUCUAUGGCAAGCAAACACCAGUCCAAGAUCGCAUGCCAUCUCCAUGCUUCAGUUGUAAAAAAAAAGCCUGCCGUGUAUGUAUCAAAGAUGUCAAGAGUUCCAUUAGAAGUUGUAAAUGAGAACAUACAGGAAUUUCUAUCACAGAAAUUUCCUGAGGAGACAGGUGUUAAUUUGACCAACAAGGCAGAAUUUCAGGGCACCAGUUACAGUGUUGGCAUGAUGUUGGUAUAUGACUCCACAUCUGGGUUGCCUGACUUUGCUGAAAUACUACAAAUCAUCAUUGUUCAUGACACCUUAGUGUUUGUAGUGAAACUGCAAAGUGCAUGGUACUCUGAGCAUUUUAGAUGUUUCAAGUUGGAGUCCACAAGAGUUAUCAAAGUAAUUGAGCAGUCACAACUCACUGACACAUACCCAUUGGCUACUUAUGCAGUGGAAGGCGAUCGCAUGGUUUCUUUGAAACACCACAUCUGCUUGUCAAACUAGUUCUGCUUGCCCAAGACUGUGAUCAUGUCUGCCCCAACUACGUGUUGUUAUUGAAGAGACACAAGUUUACAAGUUAACCCUACCAGAUGGAAUCCCUAGCACUGUAGACAAACUUUUGGCAGCUGCGCAGAAUCAUUUUAAACUUGAAGGGAGUUACACUGUAAUGCACAUGGACAAAGAUUUCGAUAAUCAAUUCUUCACACUAACAUCAACCGAUGUGGUUAAUGACAAGGACACAAUCAAACUAGUUCAAACAGAACCAUCUGUAAUUUUGACAUCUAUCAGUGAGCCUUCAGGUUCCUCCACUCCAGUGCCGCUGGAUCAGUCUUCUCAAGAUGAGAGUUCCUCAGCCUGCUCAUCUGACACCAUUAUUUUACAACCUUCAGCAGAGUGUCGAUCAGAGCCAUGGCCAACCAAUUUUGUGAUACCCAUCUUUUCAUAUGGUGUCGAAAUGAUUCUUGAAGCUGGAAAUCAAGCUUAUGAACGCGAUGGCUCACUCCUUCAGGAUCCAAGUAUCUACUCUGACAUUCUAGAGAAACUUGCAGAAGCAAUCUACCACUACCAGGCCUAUCCCAGUGCUCUUCAACAACUCGAAGUUGUAGAAGCUCUACCAAACAAACACCCAUGCUUGAGGGAGCCUGGAACCUCAUAUUCAGGCACAUAUGGGUGGCAGAAUCGUCUCAAAAUGAAGAUGGCCAAUUUCCGAAGCAAACUGAAAAGGCGCAAUGUCCCUUGUCCCGAGCUUCACAUCAACUCCUUGAAAAGGAAGGCCCCUGGCGAGAGAUAUCCUGCAAAAAAAUGCAAGAAACCGAAGAGAGCCGAGGUGAACUUCCUUCCCCCACAUCCAAGUGGAGAAAGCAACGACAGUCUGGAGAGGGACAGACAGGAGCUCCUUAUUGAGGUUAAGAAGAAGGACAACGCUAAAAUAAUUAACGAAAAAAUGGCCAACACAUUUUCCUAUUGAAGACUCGAGGUUGUGAGUGAUAGUCCUGCUGCUGCUGACUUCAAAGAGAGAUGGCCUGCUUUGUUUUGUGAAGCUGAGGUAGGUGAUUCUAUAAAGCCUUAAACAUUUCAUUUGCUUUAUUGAGCUGUAACAAUAUAUAAUUAAUGAAUUUUCUUUUCAAACAUCCAUCCAUCCAUCCAUUUUCUACCGCUUAUUCCCUUUGGGGUCGCGGGGGGCGCUGGAGCCUAUCUCAGCUACAAUCGGGCGGAAGGCGGGGUACACCCUGGACAAGUCGCCACCUCAUCGCAGGGCCAACACAGAUAGACAGACAACAUUCACACUCACAUCCACACACUAGGGCCAAUUUAGUGUUGCCAAUCAACUUAUCCCCAGGUGCAUGUCUUUGGAGGUGGGAGGAAGCCGGACAUGUACAUCUAUAUACAAAUAAUAUUGAUGUACUUGUGAAUCUUUUGUCCAUUCAGAUCAAGGAGGAAUUCAGGAGAAUAACUACCAUUCCCCUGGAGCGAACCUUCAUGCACAAACUGGACGAACACACACCAAAACUUAUUACCCUGAUGAAAGCCAAGGGAGGUGCCGUGGGGAUCAAGAUGAGGCCGCUCCUGGACAGACUGAGUCAGAAACAGAGCAUUGAGAUGAGGCGUGAAACCAUUAUCCGCAGCCUUAUACUGUACGUUGGCGAGAAGGAAGAGGAACUUUUUGAAGACUGCUUGGAGGACAGCCGGAGUGAUGUCAGUAACCACAUCCUCAAAAUACUCGUCGUCCACGGUGCUGAUGAGGAUCCAGUCGAUGUCUCCAUCCUUGUGGAAGGCCAUGAGAUUUUGCCAGGGUGCAACAUUACUGCGAAAGCUUGCUCACUGCUCAUGGGACUGAUUUAUGCCCUGAACUUGGCAUACCCUCCCACUUUGCGCUACACUUUUGAAGUCUUCCAAAAACUCAUGCUGGAGCUGGAUGGAUUUAAACUGUCCCCAAAAGUAAACACCUUGAAGUUGAAGUUGCUUUCCUAAAUGCAUGUGAUGACUUUGUCAUCCUACAGGAGGAAAAUGACAUCAUUUAUGGACCCUUGUUGAGGACGUAGCAUCAUGCAUGGACUCUUGUGAAGAAAUGCCAAGAAUUAGCACUGAGUUCCAGUUCAUCUUGGUUUACUACUGGGUUGCCUGUCAUAAAUAUUUUUCAUUUUUGUCAAAUAAGGUAUCUGUUAAUGACAGUAAAGAUUGUAUUCUUCAACAAGAAUGGUUAGACACCUUAAGCUGUUUAUUUUUAGUUGAUUCUGUUGAUUUUAUUUCAUUAAUGUUUUAAUUGCAUACUUAAAAGUGCACAACUCAGAGGACUGGUUUAAAUGUUGAAAUUGCACUUUUUCAGUGUGUAGGUUUGUAAGAUUUUAAUUGCAUAUUUGAGAAGUGACUAUGUUACCAGAUCUAUGUUGGAUUUGGUGUAUAAUGUGUAAUACUGUGUAUUUGUUGUUUACCAGUCAUACCAACCUUUGGAUAUUUUCUUUAAAAAAUAUACUAUUACUACUA